GAAUUUUCUAGGUGUGAUCAGCAUAAUCCGGCCUAUUGGUUGUGACACUGAAAUUUGCAACACCUUUAAAAUCAUAAAGUAGGCCUCUGAGCCUUUCUUCAAAACUCAAGAUGAGUGAGAGUGAAACAGAUGCACCCCAGAGGAAGGAUGUUGUGGUGGAAAUGAGACCCCUGAAAAGUGGUAGGUCUGGUCAUCCACAGAAAGGGAGAAGGAAGGCAGGGCGCCAAGUUAGCCAGUUCUCAACAACAUCAUUUCAAACCCGAGAAGAGGCUGCUGUGUUUGACCGUGACCAGGAUGGAAAGGUGCCCUGUUCAGAGUUUCGGCACUUAAUCACAUCCACUCCUCUGAGUGAACAAUUGCCAGCUGAAGUGUUAGCAGACAUUGUUGAAGCAGCAGACAGAGAUCAGAAUGGCUACAUUGAUUUUGAUGAAUUCCUGGACAUGGUAAUGGCUGCAGAAAUAGGAGAUUCUCGGCCCAUCUUUCGGCGCAUCAUACGAUAUGCAGCAUUUACAGUUAUUCCAAGGGGCAAACGACAGAAGACAGUGCGUCGAUAUAUGAAUGAGUAUUCGUGUCUUCCUCCACCUCUCUUCAUGAUACUUAUCAGCCUUGUUGAGUUGGGGAUCUUCAUCUACUAUGCUGUUGUGGCAGGGUGGACAGAUGUUGCAGGCCCUGUCCCUUAUGAGUCUCCCCUCAUCUAUAAUCCCCACAAAAGAUAUGAAGCUUGGCGCUUUGUCACCUACAUGCUCAUUCAUGCUGGUAUCAUGCAUUUGACCUUCAACCUCUUGGUACAACUGGCCCUUGGGAUUCCUUUGGAGAUGGUUCAUCAUUGGUGGCGCAUCCUCAUUGUAUACUUAUGUGGGGUUGUGGCAGGAUCUCUUGGCACUUCCCUGUCUGAUCCUAAUGUCUAUCUUGCUGGGGCCUCUGGAGGGGUUUAUGCACUUCUCUGUGCUCAUCUUGCAUCCAUUAUUAUGAACUGGUCAGAGAUGGAUUUUGCUAUCCCACGACUUUUGGUGUUUUGUGUUCUCAUUGGCACCGACUUUGCUGUGGCUGUUUACUACAGAUACAUCAAGCAGGAAGAUACCAAGACUGGGUAUGCAGCACACAUAGCUGGAGGUUUGGCUGGUCUUCUUAUUGGAAUCAAUGUGCUGCGAAAUCUUGAGAAGAAAGAGUGGGAGAAGGUGAUCUGGUGGAUCUCCCUCAUCACAUUCUGCUGCCUCAUGCUCAUUGCAAUUAUCGUCAACAUUGCCGUCUGGAAGCCAGUCUUUGAUAAGUUUGAUGAGGAUGGGGAUGGAAAGGUGGGAUGUCGAGAGUUACGUCAGCGGAUCGAGACAUCUCCAGCAGGAGAUGAUAUCCCACAGGCCACUCUUGAAGAAAUUGUUGAGAAGGCAGAUCUUGAUGAAAAUGGAUUUAUUGAUUUUGAGGAGUUCUUGGACAUGAUCAAGGGUGCUUUGGCACAAGAGGAGCACCCAUGGCUGGCCCAAGUCAUCAUCAGGGCUGCCUUUGUUGUUGUACCUCAGAACCAGAGGAAACAGGAAGUUCAGAGAUACGUAACAGAAUAUUCAUGUAUUCCUCCCCCACUCUUCUGCAUCCUCAUCAGCAUUAUUGAGUUCGUGAUCUAUGUAUACUAUAUGGCUCAUCUGGGAGAAGGAGUUUCUGCUGGGGGUCCUGUGCCAUAUGACUCAUAUCUCAUUUUUAAUCCAUAUAGAAGAUAUGAAGGUUGGCGUUACCUGACGUAUAUGCUUGUUCAUGCUGGGCUGAUGCACCUGCUUGUGAAUCUGAUGGUGCAAUUGGUUCUGGGUAUCCCACUGGAAAUGGUCCACAAAUGGUGGCGAGUAUCUAUAGUAUACAUGUGUGGAGUCUUCGCUGGAUCCCUUGGGACAUCUGUGACUGAUCCAUAUGUGUUCCUUGCUGGAGCAUCAGCUGGGGUCUAUGCCUUGCUCUUGGCCCACCUUGCAUCACUCAUCAUCAACUGGUCUGAAAUGGAAUUUGCUCCUCUGCGAUUGUUGAUCAUCAUCGUGGUGAUUGCGUCUGAUCUGGGCGUGGCCAUGUAUUAUCGGCACCAGCGCAUCGACACCCAGACUAGUUAUGCUGCCCAUAUUUCAGGAGGAAUUGCUGGUCUCCUUGUUGGCAUUGGUGUUUUGAGAAAUCUCAAUAAGCAACCCUGGGAGAAAAUUGUUGAAUAUGAGACUGUAAUGUCUCGGUUGAUCAUCAAGAAUCUCCCAGAUGGAGUAUCUGAGGAGAAACUGAGGAAAGCCUUUGAAUCACAUGGAGAAGUGACAGAUGUCCAGUUGAAAUACACCAAGAGUGGCAAAUUUAGGCAUUUUGGGUUCUUAGGAUUUAAGACUCCUGAGGAGGCCAAUGCUGCUUGCAAAUAUUUUGACAAGACAUUUCUUGGAGCAUCCAGGAUCUCUGUGGAGAUCAUUAAGGAUGGAGCAAAACCAAGGACAAAAAAGGAGAUUAGAGAAUCCAAGAGUCAGAAUCUCUCAGCCGAUCUUGAAGAAGAUGAAUCCAGAAGCAAACAAAAAACCAAAAUUGCACAGGACGAAAAUGAGGAGAAAGUGGAAUGGAAGGAGUUUUUAACACUUCAUACUAAUCGAGGAAAGCAUUGGAAAGAUGAUGCUGAUGUCCAAGAUGCCCAGCCCUGCACAGUUACGGCUGAAGACACCGAAGAGACGGAUGAACCGAGGGAAAUGACUGAUGCAGAUUACCUCAAAUCCAAGAUCGUUCCAGAUUUGGUAGAUGACCAUGUGGAGAAAGAGAAAAAGGAGGCACCAACUUUGAAAUAUGGACAGCUGUUUACAAUCAAGGUUCGAGGACUGCCCUAUUCGUGCAAGAAGAGUCACCUGCGGGAAUUCUUCCGCCCUGUGAAGCCUAAGAGUUUCCGCUUUCCUCGCAAGAUUAAGGGGAUUGCGUAUGUUGGGUUUCUCACUGAAAAGGAGAUGAAGCAAGCCCUCCUCAAGCAUCGCAGCUUCCUCGAGGGUAAUCGCAUCCAGGUGUAUCACUACACCAAGAAGGAAGAUAUGAGAGAAGAAGAUGUUGAAGAAAAGCCACAGGAACCCAAAAGGAAUUUUGAAGAAGCUGAGGAAAGUGUUGGGGAAUCAGGAAGAAUCUUUGUCCGAAAUUUGUGCUAUUCCACAACAGAAGAAGAUCUUGAAAAGCUCUUCUCUACCUAUGGUCAACUAUCAGAAGUGCACAUCCCUAUUGAUCGGCUGUCAAGGAAACCCAAAGGCUUUGCCUAUGUGACAUUCAUGUUCCCAGAACAUGCAGCAAAGGCCUUUGAAGUGCUUGAUGGAAGCACAUUUCAAGGUCGCAUUCUCCGCCUUCAUCCUAGCAAGGCCAAGGUCACAUGGCAGGACCUUAUCAAUGACUCCAUGAGUUUCAAGCAGAAGAAGCAUCUUCAGCAAAAGGCUGAGUCAAAUUCUUCACACAAUUGGAAUGCCUUGUUUCUUGGACCAAAUGCUGUGGCUGAUAUCAUGGCAGAAACGUACAAAACCUCAAAGUUGAAAGUGCUCGACCCUGAAGGGAAGGGGAGUGUGGGAGUUCGUCUAGCCCUUGGGGAGACUCAGAUCGUGGCCCAGACCCGGGAAUUCCUCCUUAACAAUGGAGUCGUCCUUGAUGCCUUUUCCAGGCCUCCACUAGAGAGAUCUAAGACAGUCAUUCUGGUCAAGAACCUUCCUGCAAGGACAAAGGCCAGCGAGAUUCGAACUCUCUUUGCCAAAUUUGGGGAGUUGGGUCGAGUGCUUCUUCCUCCAUCAGGAGUUACAGCCAUUGUGGAAUUCUUCCAGCCUUCAGAGGCAAGGCAGGCAUUUUCCAAACUUGCAUACUCCAAAUUCAAGUCAGGACCCUUGUAUUUGGAAUGGGCCCCAAGUAACGUCUUUGAUCCUUCUGUUCCACCUCCAGCUCCAGCUGACAAGGAACAUCAAGAAAGAUCUGGUUCCAGGGGAGAGGAUGAUGAAGGGAAGGUGGAGAAAGAGAAAGAGGAAGAGGAAGGAAAUGAUGAGCCACAAGGAGAGGAACCAGAGCCUGAAACCACUCUGUUUGUCAAAAAUAUUAAUUUUGCCACCACCAAUGCUGAUCUCAAGAAGCAUUUCUCCCAAGUAGGUCCAUUGCACUAUGCCCAAGUGAGCAAGAAGAAGGACCUGAAAACAGGGGGAUUCCUGUCAAUGGGAUAUGGGUUUGUCCAGUUUAAAAAGCGACAGCAUGCACUUGAGGCCAUGAAGACCCUUCAAGGACGUGUCCUUGAUGACCAUGCCCUUGAGCUCAAGUUCUCCAACCGCACACAUGUUCCAAAUGUGCAGAAAACAUCACACAAGCAAACGAAGAUAGGAAUUCAGAAGUCUGCCAAAAUCCUUGUCCGCAACAUUCCCUUCCAGGCAACUCAGAAAGAGAUCACUGAGCUCUUCAGGCCUUUUGGAGAAUUGAAAGCUGUGAGAUUGCCUAAGAAAAUGGCAGGCACUGGAUCACACAGGGGCUUUGGAUUUGUCGAAUACCUCACAAAGCAAGAUGCUAAGAGAGCCUUCAAACAGCUGUGUCACAGUACUCACUUUUAUGGACGACGUCUCGUCUUGGAAUGGGCGCAGACUGAUGAAACUCUGGAUGAACUAAGACUCAAAACAGCUCUCCAUUUUCAGCACUCAGGUGGAGAUGAAAGCCAAGACCCAUUGAAGAAGAAGGCAAAGUUCUCCAUGGAUGAUUUCCUGGGAGAAGAAUCCCAAGAGUAA